GGUUCGUUCUUUGAUCUUUUGAAACGGAUUCGAGCUUUAGCCUUUAUUUCUCUGAACUAGGGUUUUCUUCACCAUCGUUAGAUCUAAUCCAACUGGUUGAUGAUUCCCAUUUCAUAAAUUUUGUUUAGCUUUUGUUAAAAAAUUGAAAUUGGAGCUGUCAACAAUUUAGGGUUUUUUAGAUUGUGUCUAUUGAUUCAUCGGUUUUAGUCAACGAUGGAUUUGAGACAUGAACAACUAAUUGAUUUGAUUUCGUGUAGCUAACUUUGUUAAUUGGUAAAUUGUGUAGAGAAGGAUGAGUAUGGAGAUGGAGUUGUUUGUCACUCCAGAGAAGCAGAGGCAACAUCCUUCAGUGAGCGUUGAGAAAACUCCAGUGAGAAGGAAAUUGAUUGUUGAUGAUGAUUCUGAAAUUGGAUCAGAGAAGAAAGGGCAAUCAAGAACUUCUGGAGGCGGGCUUCGUCAAUUCAGUGUUAUGGUUUGUCAGAAGUUGGAAGCCAAGAAGAUAACUACUUACAAGGAGGUUGCAGACGAAAUUAUUUCAGAUUUUGCCACAAUUAAGCAAAACGCAGAGAAGCCUUUGAAUGAAAAUGAGUACAAUGAGAAGAACAUAAGGCGGAGAGUCUACGAUGCGCUCAAUGUGUUCAUGGCGUUGGAUAUUAUUGCAAGGGAUAAAAAGGAAAUCCGGUGGAAAGGACUUCCUAUUACCUGCAAAAAGGAUGUGGAAGAAGUCAAGAUGGAUCGUAAUAAAGUUAUGAGCAGUGUGCAAAAGAAGGCUGCUUUUCUUAAAGAGUUGAGAGAAAAGGUCUCAAGUCUUGAGAGUCUUAUGUCGAGAAAUCAAGAGAUGGUUGUGAAGACUCAAGGCCCAGCAGAAGGAUUUACCUUACCAUUCAUUCUACUUGAGACAAACCCUCACGCAGUAGUCGAAAUCGAGAUUUCUGAAGAUAUGCAACUUGUACACCUCGACUUCAAUAGCACACCUUUCUCGGUCCAUGAUGAUGCUUACAUUUUGAAACUGAUGCAAGAACAGAAGCAAGAACAGAACAGAGUAUCUUCUUCUUCAUCUACACAUCACCAAUCUCAACAUAGCUCCGCUCAUUCUUCAUCCAGUUCUUGCAUUGCUUCUGGAACCUCAGGCCCGGUUUGCUGGAACUCGGGAUCCAUUGAUACUCGCUGACCGAGCUUCUAUUCCCAAAUUCUUCAAGAAGAAGAAGUAAUGAUCUAAUUGGUAUACUAAAAAAUUAUACAUCUGGUUUAGUGUUCAAUUGAGAGAGACUGUAAAAUCAAUUCAUAGGCCAACAAAUGUUUGUUUAUCCAAUUUUCCUUUUUAUUCGAACUUGAUGCGAUAUUUCAACGGAAACAGAAACUAUUGUUUUAAACCAAAACUAACCGUGUUGAAUCUAUUGGCUAUUUUCCUUCUG